UAAGUUAACCGUACAAUAUACAAGAGAUUAUACUUUGUUUUGAAUCAAAGCAAAGAUUAGUUUGUUAUUUGCACAUCGAAUUGGCAGCUGGCUAGCUUGCUUUGGUGACCAAGAUCAAGAUGAAGAACGCGUAACAUGUACGAUACGUAAGGAGAAUCCAAUGCAAGAAGUAAAAAUGGAGCUGAGAAAUGGGCACGUGGAGGGAAAGGGCGAAAAGGCAGGGAAGAAAGAGAAAUCGACGUUUUGGGCAUACGUACUGUGGUUGUUCGGAGGUCUAGUUGGAGCCCACCACGUCUACCUGGAACGGGACACGCAAGCUUUCGUAUACUUGAGCACCUUUGGCGGUUACUGCGGUGUCGGAUGGCUUCGAGAUAUCUACCGGAUCCCUUCGUACGUGCUCGAUGCGAACGAAGAUCCGAGGUUUCUCAAUGAUUUUAAACGGAAAGUGAGGACGAAUCGCAAGCCGCCAUUUUCAACGGUGCGAUUUGCUACGGAAAAUGCGGUUGCGUAUAUGUGGGCCGAGUUAUUCCGUAACGCGAUUCCAGAGGAUGAAAUAUUUGGGAUUAAUUUUCGAUACCUACUAUUCCUAACACCUUUCGUUAUAGCAUUAGGUGUUUGGACAGUGGGAAACAUCGGGAGGGAACAAGGAUCGAUAUGGAUUGCUCUCGGCUCGGCGUAUUUAUUUUAUCCAACUCUUACCUACAUCGGAGACGAUACCAUGUGGGUAUUUCUUAUGGUCGCUGCUGCCAGCAUAAGUUUCGAUACGUUUAGUAAGCAAUGGAGACUGAAGCCAAAGAAGAAAAGAAGCCUCGUUCGUAGAAUGUUUUAUCUCGGUCUGGCCGUUGCGAUUUACAUAUGUUUCAUAGGGUCCUACCUAUACUUCAACGCUGUCAUUACCGACAGCAACGGCGAAGAGAUCAAACUAUCGGAAGCGGUUCAACACUUCUUGACGUCACCUAUAUGGCUUGAUCUUAAGGCAAGUCUCGAAGCAACGUGGAAUCAAGCGGUUAAUCAAGGGUUCUGGGCAACGUGGGCACAAUUGGUGGAUCUGACGGAUCCUCGGGGUGAAAUAAACGCUUACAAGGUCCUCGGUCUUUCUCAAACGGCCACGCAGGCCGAAGUAACGUCCCGCUGGAGAACUCUUUCGAGGGACAAUCAUCCCGACAAGAUAAAGGGCACCGAAGAGGAGAGGAGGCAGGCUCAGGAGAAAUUUAUGGAAAUACAACAAGCGUACGAAAUUCUCUCGAAAGCGAAGAAUCGCAGGCAACGUCGCAACAGAAAGUCCGAAGUUUGA